UAAACAUGCUCGAAUCCCAUUAUAGCGCCAUGCUCAACGCUGCCGCCUCGGUUGCAGCGGCUGCGGCCAGUGCUGCUGCUGCUGCCGCCGCCUCAGCCUCCGCAUCCGCAUCCGCCUCCGCCGACGACAAUAGCAACAACAGCAACAAUAGCAACACCACCAGCAACACCAACAGCCAGAGCCAGAGCAGCAACACCAACAGCAACAACAGCAGCAGCAACGGCAGUGCCGUGGACAUAGCCGGAGCUGAAGCGGCCACCGGAACCGAGGGAGACGACGACAGCCAGGAUGGUGCCAACUGGAGCCGCAAGAAGAUGAUCAAAUGGCCAUUGCCGAUGACGCUGUCCUUCUUCCCAGCCACGGAUCUGAGCGGAAGAUUCGUGUUCGGGGAGCGGAUCCGGGAUGAGAAGUGCCCUCUCUCCUUCCUGGCCAAGCGCCACUCGGAGGCGAUCGUGGCGAUGGUGUACGAGCGCCAGACCUGGCGCAUCCGGGAGCGCAUGAAGACGGCCAGUGUGGCGCUGGUCCUCUGCCUGAACAUCGGCGUGGAUCCGCCGGACGUCGUCAAGAUACAGCCGUGCUCCCGCCUUGAGUGCUGGAUCGAUCCCAGUUCGGUGUCGCCGCCAAAGGCCAUGGAGCUGAUUGGGAGCAGCCUGCAGAUGCAGUACGAACGGUGGCAGCCGCGGGCGCGCUACAAGAAGUGCCACGAUCCCACCGUGGAGGACGUGAAAAAGCUGUGCACGUCGCUGCGCCGCAACGCCAAGGGCGAGCGCAUCCUGUUCCACUACAACGGCCACGGCGUGCCCAAGCCGACGGCCAACGGGGAGAUCUGGGUCUUCAACAAGACCUUCACCCAGUACAUACCGCUUAGCAUCUUCGAGCUGAUCACCUGGAUGUCGGCGCCGUCUAUCUACGUCUACGACUGCUCCAAUGCCGGGAUCAUUAUCAACUCCUUCCAGCCCUAUGCCGAGCAGCACGAGCUCGAGCUGGAGAAGCAACGGGCCACCCUCCAGAAGAGGGGCGGCGUACCGCAGCUGGCAGGCACUGGUGGUGCUCCGGGUACGGCCGGUGGACAGAACCAACAGAUGCAGCAACAGGUCAGCUACAAGAACUGCAUCCAUCUGGCCGCCUGUGCCGCCAACGAGAUCCUGCCGAUGAACGCCCAGCUGCCGGCCGAUCUCUUCACCAGCUGCCUGACCACGCCCAUCAACAUAGCCCUCAAGUGGUACGCCAUGCAGGAGAAGCUGGGCAUGGUGCCGCCCAUCCAGAGCGAGCUGAUCGACAAGAUACCAGGCAAGGUCAACGAUCGCCGGACCAUGAUGGGCGAGCUCAACUGGAUCUUCACGGCCAUCACGGACACGAUAGCCUGGAACACGCUGCCGCGUGAGCUGUUCCAGCGCCUGUUCCGCCAGGACCUGCUAGUAGCCAGUCUGUUCCGGAACUUCCUGCUGGCGGAGCGCAUUCUGCGCAGCCACGACUGUACGCCCGUAUCCUUGCCCGCUCUCCCGCCCUGUUUCCGCCAUCCGAUGUGGAAGGCGUGGGACCUGGUGGUCGACCUGGCGCUGCAGCAGCUGCCCGACAUCCUCGAGCACAAUGCCCCCUACCGGCAGCUGCCGUUCUUCGAGCACCAGCUGACCGCGUUCCAGGUGUGGCUGGACAGCGAGUCCGAGUCCCGGACACCGCCCGAACAGCUACCGAUCGUCCUGCAGGUCCUCCUCUCCCAGGUGCACCGGCUGCGGGCCCUGGAGCUCCUGGCCCGGUUCCUAGAUCUGGGCCCGUGGGCCGUCAAUCUCGCCCUGGGCGUGGGCAUCUUCCCGUAUGUGCUGAAGCUGCUGCAGAGCUCCACCCGCGAACUGCGACCCGUGCUGGUGUUCAUCUGGGCCAAGAUCCUGGCCGUGGAUCCCUCCUGCCAGGUGGACCUGGUCAAGGAGUACAAGUACUUCCUGUCCGUCCUGCAGGACACCACCGUCUCAAAGGAGCACCGCACCCUCUCCGCCUUCGUGCUGGCCUCCAUCGUGCACAACUUCCUGCUCGGCCAGACGAGCGCCCUGCAGGGUCCCCUGCUCUCCAUCUGUCUGGAGCAGCUGAACGACGGCAGCUGGCUGCUCCGCCAGUGGCUGGCCAUCUGCCUGGGCAUGCUGUGGCAGAACUUCGAGAAGGCGCGCUGGUCCGGUGCCCGCGACCUGGCCCACGAGAAGCUAUACGUCCUGCUAAGGGACUCCAUUCCGGAGGUCAGGGCCGCUGCCGUCUUCGCCCUGGGCACCUUCAUCAGCUCCGUGACGGAUCGCAGCGAGGAGCAGGCGAACAACAUCGAUCGCAUCAUCGCCGUCACCCUGCUGGAGACCGUGGGCGAGGACAUGUCGCCACUGGUACGCAUGGAGCUGGCGGCCGCCCUCCAGUGGAUGGUGCUGCUCUUCGAGUCCCAGUUCGUGGCCAUCUACCAGGUGGAGCAUGUGCGGGAUCACGCCUCCGCCUCCUCGUUCGUGAUGUGUGGCGACAGCCGGGAUCUCAUCUCCUCCACGCACAGUCUGGAGCGGCACGUGAGCAUGCGCCGCGGCGCCAGUUCCAGUUCCAUAUCGAACAUGGGUGGCGGUACCUCCACCUCGAGCGGCGGGGGAUCGGCCAGUGGCGCCGGGGGCGGCAGCCUGUCCGGCAGCACGUCGGGCCGUUCGAAGAGCGGCUCGGGCGGCAGCUCGGGAGCCGGAGCAGCUGCCGGCGGCACCAACACCAUACCAUAUCAAAUGAUCUUCACCAAGCUGUGGCAGGGCAUCUGCAAUCUCGCCCAGGACCCGUUCCCGCGGGUGGCGGCCAUCGCCCACGAGAUCGUGGAGCAUGUCCGGGACACCGCCCUGUGCCCCAUCAUGGCCGCCAAGGAGGCCACCAUGGCCACGGCCACGGAGAAGUGCAACAGCCUGAGCGUCAGCCUGCCGCCGAGUCCCAACACCAGGGUGAACUACCUGAGCGGCGCGGCCGGCGGAGGGGGAGCUGGAGGCGGGGCCGGCGAAUCCCCGCCCGUGGGAGCCACCGCCUCGGGCGCCAGCCACUGGGCCCAGAAGCUGCGACUGUCCGGGAGCGGAGCCGGUGUGGCCGCCGGUGAUCCGCACGCCAUACUGCAGCGGAAGCUGCGCACCAGCUCCAUCAACGACGAGACUGACAGCGCCCCGGCGGCGUAUCCGGGACGGCCGGGGUGGGGCGGGUCGCUGGGACUGCCGAGCGGGCCGCGGGAGAGCACCCACUCGGCGCGGAGCAGCGGCAGCGAGAGCAACCAGUACCUGGAGCCGCCCCAGAGCCUGACGCCCAUCGUCCAGACGGAGUUCAUACCGUGGGCCAUCUCCUACUUCACCCGGCCGGGGAAGCAUCGCUACAGCAGCGCCGAGGGAGCAGCGGAGGAGGGAUUCCAGCGGUUCCCCGUCGACCGGAACUCGGCGGAACUGAGGAAGCGGAGCUCGCGGUACAUGCGGAACGACUUUGUGCGGCGGCAGGCGCGACGCCAUCAGCGGGAGCAGAGCGAUCGGUCCGGUUAUGAGAUGUGCGUGUGGAACCGGAAGACCCAGUUCACGCCCUCCAUCGUCAAGCUGCUGCCGUACGAGCCCCAGAUCGCGGUGGCCUACCGGGAGAAGGUGCUGGCCUACGACUUCCAGUGGAACUCGGUGCGAACGUACGGCUCGGAGGCGAUGGCCGGCACGCCGCACGGCUCCUCCUCGGUCUUCUCGCGGGUCAGCAGCGUGGAGUUCAUCAACGCCCAGGACGAGGCGCUCAAGCUGGUGGCCCACGACGAUGGAGUGGUGCGCGUCUGGCAGUCCUCGCCCGGCGCCCACUCCUCCUCGUCCUCCUCCACCUCCUCGUCGGCGUCGUCCUCCUCCUCGACGGCCGACGAUCCGCCGGCCAAGGCGCGCUUGGUCACCGCCUGGACUGCCCUCAGUCCGGUCCACCAGCAGCAGAACAGCUACCGGCAGCGCAUCAUCGGCUCCGGCGGCGGCAGCAUCGGCAAGGGCAUGGAUGCCAGCAGCCUCAGUUCUAUGUCCAGCGGCAUCGUGACCGCCUGGCAGCAGGCGCAGCAGCACCUGGUGGUGGGCGGCGGCGGCUGUCGGUAUCUGCGGCUGUGGGACGUGGAGCGGGAGCUGCGGCUGAGCGACAUCCCGCUGGGCCGGAGCGAGGCGGGUGCCGCCCGCGUCCUGGCGCCCUACCUGCCCAACAUGCGAUGCGACGUGAUCCUGGCCGGCUGUGACGACGGCUCUGUGCGGCUGUUCGACAAGCGGUGUGCCCCGCAGGAGUCCCGGAUCUGUGUCUAUCGGAGGCACGACGCCCCCAUCCUGCACGCCAGCCUGCGGGCCAACGAGACGGUGCUGGUGUCCGGAUGCACCGACGGCCGGAUCAAUGUGGUCGAUGUGCGGGCCACCUCGUUCCCCUACGGCAUCGAGGAGCGUGUCAUACACAAGUGGAAUGCCGGCAGCGAUGUGACGGCGAUCGCCAGCCACCAGAUCGCGGACACGGUGGCGUGCGGGAAUGCCUUUAAGAUCAGCAUCCAUUCGCUGGACGGCCGGCUGCAGAAGACGCUGCGCACCAACGAGGGCUUCAUCGGGCCCAAGACCGGCCAUCCCACCUGCCUCUCGUUCCAUCCGUACAAGGUGCAGCUGGCGGUGGGCUUCGUGGACAACACAGUGGCCAUUUACAGCCCCACGGGAGCAGUUCUAUAAGCGCUGCGGAAGAUGGAAAACUGACGUCGAUAAGAAUCCCGAUACCUUGGUCAACGCACGCAGGUUCCUCGCGGAACCGCAGAUGCAGUCAGCAGUGGAGCAUGUGCGGAGCAGCACCCGGCUACCGGAACUCC